AUGACGCGAACCGAGCAAUCGACCACCACGACGUCGUGGGAAACCAAGAGCCUCGCGCCCAUGGACGAUAGCCAGCGAAUGGACUCGAUCGGCCAGGAAUCUCGUCCGAGGGGCCGAAUUCGCCGGUCGAUGACUGCAUGCAAUACUUGCCGUAAACUAAAGACAAGAUGUGAUCUGGACCCGCGGGGACAUGCUUGUCGUCGGUGUCUCUCUUUGAGACUUGAUUGCGAACUCCCGGAGACACAAGAUCGAUUCCAGGACAGUGCCUCGACAUGGUCGGACGCCAACACUGCAAUUCCUUCCAUCGAGGAGCGGCUCGUGUCUCUGGAACGAGGCAUGGGAGAGAUGAUUCAUUUGAUGCGCCAGAUGGUGAACCAACACCACCAGUUGCGGGAAGUCCACCGUCUCUCGGUGCUCGCAGUGUGGAUGAUGUCACAUCUAAUGAUGGCUGGUCUGCCUCCUCAUUCACCCUCAAGCCGAUGCAAUUCAUGCGUGAUCUUCAGACCGAGUGCUUCCGGGACCAAACUGUCGACAGAGGCGGACCUGAUGGGGGAUGUGGUCUCCCAGGGAAUCAUUGAUGCCAAGUUAUCACUCAAACUGAUUGAUUUAUUCAUCGAGUACUUUAGUCCAUGGGUCUCAAUUGACCUUUCAUCCAGCAUACAGAGGACAGACACCCUCUUGUUCAACACUGCCUGUCUUCUAGCCUCACGAUACUUGCCAGGAAUGCCUGCCAACACAAUACAUGAGAUCUCCAUGCAAGUACAGCACGGAGUGACCAAAAUUCUAUGGAGACGAUCACACUUGACCACUGAUCUACUUCAAUCACUGGCCUUGCUGUGUCUCUACCCUACCUCAGGCCACAAGGAAGGCUUUAUGGAUGGGUGGCUGUUGAGCGGAAUCUCAAUAAAUCAUGCUUUGACGGCAUUCAAUUUCCUCGGUAGUGUUCCCACGAAGAGCAUCUUGACUGACGAGGUAUUGACACAAAUGCGUCUUUGGAACACAUUUUGCCUCACACACCUGCAUGCCGCUCUUGGAUACGGUCGAUCCGUCAAUGUGCAGCAACAUCACCUGGACCAAUGCACGCGCAUCCUGGAUAAUCCAAGGGCCACGCCCGAAGACGGACGGAUUGUGGCGGAAAUCAAGCUAUACCGAAUAGCCCUACGAAUCCAACAUAACAUCCAACGGCUUCGAUACACCGAAGGUGAAUUUGAGGAGAUUGAACGCUGGAAAAUGGAGUGGGCUCAUCUCAUCGCCAACGAUGGUCCCUCAACUCUCGAACUCAGCAUCUGGUUCUGCCAAUUGAUUCUCUACCGCACGGCGUCUCGUCUCCAACCCGACUCGGACAGAAUCGUGGCCGAGAUCUGCAACAAUGCCCGUCUGAUCAUCUCUCGUUCACUCCGGACUCGCUUCUCCGCUGCACCGGGACUCAUCGACAACGUCUACUACAUUUUGGGAUACGCCGCCCUCACCCUCUGCGACUAUACCCCAUCGGACCCGCUGAUCGACCAGGUUCGCGGGUUUUUGCUUCACUUGGCGCCUAGCAGUGAUCACCUGGCAUACCGAAUCGCCUGCAUCGUCAGCGAAGUACAACGCAGGUACUCCGAAGCCGCCAGCGUCGGUCAGGCUUCCCCAAGCUCCGACGUGAUGAAGCCCCCCUUGUUUGUGGUACCGGGGUCACGAUCCGGCAGCAUGGACAUGGGAGGUCUGAUGCCUGCAUCCGGAAUGGACCCACUGGUCGAAGGGUACGGAUGCUUUGAACAAUUGAUUCCGAAUAACUACGUUUCCACACAAACAUCCUUCUCGGCGCCUGCUAUGUUUCAACAUCAUUCAGCGCCGGUGACCGGCGGUGCAAUGCCCAUGGGCUUGGUGCCACGGGCAUUGCACGAUCUUUGA